AUGUGGGUUACUUUAAAAAUUUUGGGCCCUGGGCUUGUGCCCUGCUCGCGCUGGGCCAGGGCCGGCACACCGCCGCCUCGCCUCCCCUCUCUCAGCCUCGAUUACCCUCUCGCCGUCGACCAUCUGAGACUCAACCCUAGUCUCUGGUCUCAGUCUCUAUCUCUCUCUCUGUAUCUCAUCUCAUCAUCUCAGCCUUACAUCUCUCAUCGAUUUGAAGCAUAUCAGUGGCCUCUGAAUCGCCAUCUCCUCCUCCUCAUCAGGGAUUGUUUGCUGAGCUUGGAUUGGAGGCUUGGAGCUGUUGUUGCUGGCUGGCUUUAUAGAACUGAGGCUGAUCUUUAUUCCAAUGACUCCGAGUUUCGUAUUUGAACCCCCAAGCGAUGAAGAAUAUUCGGAUAAAGAACAAGGUCUCGGUGAUGGAAAUUUUCAAUCCUCAUGGGACUUUGCAUCUUACUUUGAAAUAGUCUCCCAAGAACACGCUCGUGGAAGCACCACCUCCGUUGAUUUCAAGAUCACCAAAGCCCUACUGCAACAACUAACCUUACACCAUAGUGCUGUUGACGAAGAUGAUGAGGGUAUUAGCUCGGAAUGCGAAUCCGACAAACAAGAAGAUUAUAAACAGCCAGAAUCCGAUGAGGAAGAUGACCAGGAGGAAGGUGAUAAUGAUGACCAUACCAAGCCCACUCCAAUUCAGCAGCCUGAAGAUGAAGAGGAAGGCGAUGAUGAUUCUCCUCUUAAUAUUGCUGAUGACAAUAAUCAGCCAUUUUUUGCUCCGUCAGAGGGAAUGUCGUUUCAUGCAAAUUCAUUCAUAGAGUUGAAUUUGUCACGCCCUUUGCUUCGCGCUUGUGAGAAAUUGGGCCAUACCAAGCCCACUCCAAUUCAGGCAGCGUGCAUACCAUUAGCCCUGGCUGGGCGUGACAUAUGUGGGAGUGCCAUUACUGGUUCCGGGAAGACGGCUGCCUUUGCAUUACCAACUUUGGAGAGACUAUUGUUUCGCCCCAAGCGGGUGCCAGCUAUAAGGGUCCUUGUUUUGACCCCAACCAGGGAACUCGGGCUUCAGGUUCUAAGUAUGAUUGAGAAACUUGCCCAGUUUACGGAUAUAAGAUGUUGCCAAGCUGUUGGAGGGCUUCCAUUAAAGGCGCAAGAGGCUGCCUUGAGGUCAAAGCCAGAUAUUGUUGUGGCUACUCCAGGACGCAUUAUAGAUCAUUUACAUAAUUCUAUGUCUGUGGAUUUGGAAGAUCUCGCUGUUCUAAUUCUUGACGAGGCAGAUCGACUUUUGGAGAUUGGAUUUAGUGCUGAAAUUCGCGAGCUGAUUCGUUUAUGCCCCAAAAGGAGACAGACCAUGCUAUUUUCAGCUACGAUGACUACUGAAGUUGAUGAACUUGUUAAGCUUUCUCUUACCAAACCACUACGUCUCUCAGCUGACCCAUCUGCUAGACGGCCAGUGGCACUAACUGAGGAGGUGGUUAGGAUACGACGAAUGCGUGAAGUAAAUAAGGAAGCAGUUCUGCUUGCAUUGUGUUCAAAGACAUUUACUUCUAGAGUGAUAAUAUUCAGUGGCACAAAACUGGCUGCACAUAGGUUGAAGAUUUUAUUUGGGUUAGCUGGCUUUAAAGCAGCUGAGCUUCAUGGAAAUCUUUCUCAAGACCAGCGCCUACACGCGUUGGAACUUUUCAGGAAGCAGAAAGUUGAUUUUUUGAUUGCAACUGAAUUGGUUUCCCGGGGCAUUGACAUUGCUGGUGUUCAGACAGUUAUCAACUAUGAAUGUCCUACUCAUCUUACAAGCUAUGUUCAUCGAGUGGGUCGUACAGCAAGGGCUGGUAGAGAAGGAUAUGCUGUUACUUUUGUGACAGAUAAUGACCGGUCUCUUUUAAAAACCAUUGCAAAAAGAGCUGGUUCAAAACUGAAGAGUCGAAUUGUUGCCGAACAAUCAAUUAUUAAGUGGUCCCAGAUAAUUGAGCAAAUGGAAGAUCAAGUGGCUGCAAUUCUGCUAGAAGAAAGGGAAGAACAAGCAUUGAGAAAAGCUGAAAUGGAAGCAACGAAGGCAGAGAAUAUGAUUGCACACAAAGAUGAAAUUUAUUCACGCCGCAAGAAGACCUGGUUUCAGACAGAAAAGCAAAAGAAGAUGGUAGUGAAUGCAGCUAAGGCAUCCCUUGGAAGAGAAAAUCAUUCUGGAAAUGAGGUAAUCAGUGCUCAACAAGCCGAAGACUUAAAAAUGAAAGUAAAGAGGAAGCAGGAGCGUGAGAAAAAUUUGCCUCGCAAGAUGCGCCGGAAAUUGGAAGCAGCUAGAGAAAUGUUAAGAGGAUGAAAAUCAAAUGGAAAGUUAAAGUUAAAAUUACCCAUACCACAUCACCCAACUUAAUGAUUCUUUCCACAAAAUAGACAGAGUGGGGUAACACGACUCACGGAAAUAAAGCUCAGGAGGUAUACAAUCAUCUUAAAGUUCAGGGGCAAACUGAGACAAAAUUGAAAGCACAUGAGUCAUUUCAAUAUU